AUGACUUCCGCAAUCGGCAAAUACGCUGCAAGAAAGCUGCUGAAGGGCCAGUUCGAAAAAUACAAGAGCAAAUCCGUCAAAGGCGAUAAGGACCCCUACUUCGCCACCGUAAUCAACCCCCGCACCGGCAAAACUAAGAAAGUAAAGAAGCAAGUCCCGGACUACAUCCCCGAGCACGACGCCCUCAUCCUGGCCAAAGUCCGCAAGCGCGCCUACACCCUCGACUACUCCCUCUUCAACUUCUUCGGCAUCCGCUUCGGCUGGUCCUCCGUCGUGGGGAUUGUCCCCGCCGUCGGCGACGCCAUCGACGGCUUCCUCGCUUGGCGCACUAUCAUGCUAUGCAAAAAAGUCAAUUGCGGGAUCCCAACGACUACUCUUAUGCUCAUGUACUUUUUACUUGCUUUAGAUAUUUUGAUCGGGCUUGUGCCGUUCGUGGGCGAUCUGGCGGACGCGGCGGUCAGGGUCAACUCCGAGUGUCUGAGACUGUUGGAGAAGCGAUUGGAUGAGGUGUAUAAUCCCGAGGAGAAGAUGAGGCCGAAGGAUAGGCCGAAGGAUCGGCCGCAGCCCGCGACCGUGUACGAGGACUUUGGGGAUUCUGAUGAGGAGGGAAGGGAGAGGCAGUAUAGUGGCGAUGGAGGUGUUCAGCAGCCGCAGAGGGCGAGGAGUAGCAGAAGAGAGAGGCAGCCGGAUCUGGAGAUGGGACAGGUGCCCUCGAGGAGCGGGACUAAGACCAAGAAGGAUAAGAAGGACCUGAGAGGGACUGCGGGGCGGGAUGGACCUGUGCGGACGGGAACGCAUGGGAGGUGGUAG